AUGGCUUUCCAAAUGCCCAACUUCCUCGGCCGCCUCUUCCGGCCUCUCACGACCUCGACUCGUCUGGGCAUCUCUGGCGAAUCGAACGGCGUCGGUCUGACCUCAAUUCCCGAAGGCGCCGAGAAGGUGACCGUGGCAGCCGGGUGCUUCUGGGGUGUUGAGCACAUGUACCGCAAGCACUUCGGUGGAAAGGGCCUGUACGACGCGCGCGUCGGUUAUAUUGGCGGCGAUGUAGAGAACCCAUCCUACAGGCGCGUGUGUAGCGGAAGCACCGGCCACGCCGAGGCAACCCAAAUCAUUUACGAUCCCACGAAGAUCACCUACCAGCAACUCCUCGAGUUCUUCUACCGCAUGCACGACCCGACUACGAGCAACAGCCAAGGGCCCGACGUCGGAUCGCAAUACCGGUCGGGUAUCUUCACCCACAACGAGGAGCAGGCCAAGAUCGCCCGGGAGAUCACAUCAAAGGUCGACGAACAAUGGUGGAAAAGCAAAGUCGUGACAGAGAUCCUGCCUGCCGGCAAGUGGUGGGACGCCGAGGACUACCACCAGGAAUACCUGCACAAGAAUCCCAGCGGAUAUGAGUGCCCAAGCCAUUUCCUGAGGACCUUUCCCGACCUGAAGUGA